UAAGAUGCUAAUAAUGACUGAAAACUACAAGGUCCUGUACAUAUGAGAUUUUUAAUGGCUUCACAGUGAAAAGAUUGUGAAAAAGAUACAUUGAGUAGACUUGUUGCAACCACACAUCAGACACACUGGGACCUGGUUUUCUUCAACAUUUCCCUGAAAGUUUGUCAGAUGACAACAUAUCUGCGGGCGAGCAGGUGAGAGAGAGCUAAGGAUAGAAAAUUGCUGCUGGGGAUUCUGUGAAAGACAGAUUGUGUUCUUCAAGGUCAAUUAUUUUCCAGAUCCAGUGUCUUCUCUUGUGAUGUCCUUAAGUUUUUAUAGUGAUGUGAUUGAAAGCAGCAUUGCAUGCCUGCUCAUUUUAUUGAGCAUAGCCUUUAUGCUUAUUAUGUCAUGAAAUUCCUUUGAUGAUCAGAGUGGAACACUUCAGUCUGUGUGGUUGUGGCUUAGGGUUGCAGCGGUAGUCGGUGUUACGGAGGAACAUGACAUCUAUUUCCUUUUUUUACAGACAUAAAAAGUGGUAGCCCAUGUUCAUCAAAUAAACAAUCUCUAAUUUGUAAAAAAAAAUUAAAAAUUGAAUAGUUAGUCUGAUGCUGUUGUAAAUAAAAUAGUGAAAGUGUAAGUGUCUGCUACAUGCAGCAGCAGAGCAGAGUCGCAUCACAGAGUAACGUUAGGAGAGUUGAACGGGUUCCGCCGACUCCUAUACCAGCCGUCCAUCAGACUCCGAUGUGUCCUUGGAGGAGGAUAAGGAGGCAGUGCGCAGAGAAGCAGAGCGACAGGCACAGGCACAGCUUGAUAAGGCCAAGGUGGGGCACCAGUCAGAUGUCAGUGGGGGUAGGAGACUACAUGAGAGAAGGUCCUGGCGCUGAGAGGACCAGUCUGGUCUAGGCAUGUGCCAGUAUGAGAUUUUGACGACCAAACCAGUUGCAUUUGCUGUUCGCACAAAUGUCAACUAUAGCCCGAGUCACGAUGACGAUGUCCCUGUGCCAGGCAUGGCCAUCUCCUUUGAAGCUAAAGACUUCCUCCAUGUCAAAGAGAAAUUCAACAAUGAAUGGUGGAUAGGACGUCUGGUGAAGGAAGGCUGUGAAAUCGGUUUCAUCCCCAGUCCAGUGAACCUUGAAAACACUCGUAUCCUCCUGGAGCAGAGAGCCAAACAGGGCAAGUUCCACUCCAGUAAAUUGGGAGCAAACUCUUCUUCUAGUUUAGGUGAAGUGGUUCCUAACUCACGGAAAUCUACUCCUCCAUCGUCUGCCAUUGACAUAGACGUCACAGGCUUAGACCCUGAAGACAAUGAGCUUCCCGUCAACCUGCGCUCCCCUAAAGCCAGUCCAAACACUGUCAUGUCACCCCUAUCAAAAGAGAAACGAAUGCCCUUCUUUAAGAAGACGGAACACAUUCCUCCAUACGACGUUGUGCCUUCCAUGCGGCCCGUGGUUCUGGUUGGACCAUCUCUGAAGGGCUACGAGGUGACAGACAUGAUGCAAAAAGCACUGUUUGACUUUUUGAAACACAGAUUCGAGGGAAGAAUAUCAAUCACUCGUGUCACGGCCGACAUCUCUCUUGCCAAGCGCUCAGUCCUGAACAAUCCCAGCAAGCAUGCCAUCAUUGAACGUUCCAGCACACGCUCAAACUUGGCUGAAGUCCAGAGUGAGAUUGAGCGGAUUUUUGAACUGGCCCGUACGUUACAGCUGGUGGUUCUGGAUGCCGACACCAUCAACCACCCAUCCCAGCUUGGGAAAACUUCCCUCGCCCCCAUCAUUGUGUAUGUCAAAAUCACGUCCCCCAAGGUGCUGCAGCGGCUCAUCAAGUCUCGAGGCAAGUCUCAGGCCAAACACCUCAAUGUCCAGAUGGUGGCUGCUGACAAGCUGGCUCAGUGCCCUCCUGAGAUGUUUGACAUCAUCCUUGAUGAGAACCAGCUGGAGGAUGCAUGUGAGCAUAUGGCUGAUUACCUGGAGGCCUACUGGAAAAGCACUCACCCCACCAGCUGCAAUCCCCCAAACCCACUUCCAGCAAAGCUGCCCAAAGCCACCCUGGCCUCCAGCCCAGCGGCCUCCGGUGUGCAGGAAAGCAGUGCAGAGCAGAAGGGAGAUAAAGCGUUAGUGGAGGGAAAGGGCUCCAGAGAGGAUCACCAGCACCAGCACCAUCAUCACCAUCACCACCACCACCACCAGACCCAGGACCAGGCUGAUGCUGAUGCUGAUGCUGAUGCUGAUGCUGAUGCUGAGGCUGAGGCUGAGGCUGAGGCUGACGGAGAGGGCAAUGAAGAGGAGAGGCCCCUUAGGACAGAGUCCACCAGGAGAGCCCAGCACAUCCAUCACCGUUCGUCUUCCACCAGGACUGAUCACCACAACCACCAUCACCACCACCAUCACCUCAGCAGUCGAGCCAGGGGCCUCUCCAGGCAGGAGACUCUGGACUCUGAGACCCCAGAGAGCCGAGAGAGCAAGGACUCCGCUUAUAUUGAGCCACAUACUCAGCUCCUCCAGCAGGAAGAUGAAGACGGGGAUGUAGGGGAGGGGCACCCCCAGCAGCAACAACGUUACGAGCCGCUGCCCCACCGUGACCACAACCACCAUCACCACCACCAUCACCGCGGUGGAGCUGAGGAUAUCGGCCACAGCACGGGACACCACCGCUCAAAAGAACGCGAACAGGACCAUAACGAGCGCAACAAGCAGCGCUCUCACCACCACCGGCCGGCACAUGACCACCACCAUCACUACCAUGAACGGGACCGAGACAAGGACCGAGAGGUGGAGGUGGCUCCCAAAAAGAGGGGUGAUGCGGGGGAGUGGGUCAGAGACUCCUACAUCCAUCAAUGACAGACCAACUCCUUCUGAAACUUUUGCUCUCCUUAAAAACUGUUCUGUUCUCCCAUUUUGCUGCUUUACCCUGAAACCACAGCAUCCUAUUUAAGUACACUUCCUUUGUAAAUGCUGUUGCUUUUUUUUCAACGGCAGGAUUUUGAUUACAUAGAUACAAAUAUAAAUAAAUGUAUGUGCGUAUCUAUGCAUAGACAUUGUUUAUGUGUGGAUAUGCAUGGAUAUUCUCAAAUAUGCAUAUUCUAAACCUGUGUUUGAUAAAGCAUGACCAAAGCAGAAUUUUUUUCUGUACUGAGCUGUGCUUUCUGUGAUUAGCAUUUUUUUAAAUUUUGAUUGUCUUUAUUCUUCAUCCUUCUGACUACUGUUAGGCUUGACUGAGUUGACUAAUCAAGUGAGUUUGAUGCUGUAUUUGCAGAGGUCUCUUCUUUAAAUAAUAUUUUUGGCAAUUUGGGUAAUACACUAAAUUAUUAAAUACAUAAAACUGAUGUAGUCUAAUACACUUCUGUAAUGAACUGUACCUUUAGGAAGGUUAUAAUCUUGUUUUUAUUGUUGUUGAAACUGUGUUACAGAGGUGUUGAUUGAACUCUUGUGCUGUUGGUUUGUGUUGUGUUACACUGACAUGUUUUUUAGAUUAUAUAUCUUGUAUAUCAUUGAGAGCAGGCUACGUAACAGAAACAUGUCUCUGUAUAUGCAGUUGAAACAACACAACUCUAAAACAGAUUUCAAAAUAUACUUAUAACCUUCACAAAGGUAGGCUUUAUUGCAUUUAAUUUAAUUACAUCAGACUAUAUUAGUUUUAGCUGGGUGUACUAGAUAAACUGGCAACUGAGUUUACAUAAGAACGAUCAACACCAAAAAUCAAAGCCACUGGUUAGUUUAGAAACAGCUAGACGGCGAAAAAAACGCCCGCACCUUUCAGAGGUCACCAAUUGACACUACAGUGUCACAUUUGUUUUAGCUGUACUAAAAGUCUAUGAUUGAUUAGUCUUAGUUUGACAGCAGCGCUUAACGUCAUCUAACUGGCAGCUGGCUGUAGCUUAAUACUUAACACACAGAUCCUAGAGUGGUAUAGAUCUACAUCAACAAAAUUUGUAAAUUAUUUCCCAAAGUGUCAUACAACUCCAUUCAUUUUAUGUUCAUCUUUUUUUGCUUAGUUCCCUUUUUGAAAUACUGCAUCCCUGGUUUUAGGCAUUUGGCACUAACAUGUUUAUGCCUCCUUCGAGGUGCACCUUAGUCAUGCCUUACAAGACAAACAAGUUAUACAAUAACUUCCUCUCUUACAUGCAGUACUGUUCUUUGUAUGUGUAAAGAAACAUUUUAUAGCAUUGAUACACCCUUUAAUCUGCACUUUUACUAAUUAACUCUGGUUUAACGUAAAAGUACGUUCUUCUUAAGUCUACUCCCUUUUCUAAUGAAUGUUGUUUCACUACCACUUAAAUUCCCACAUCAAAGUAUACAGACUGUUCAUUUUAGUAUUUUUCUUCAGUAUGUUCCUCACAAAAAAAAAACAAUUAAAGAUACAUUUGCUUAACAAAAUUCAAGCCAUUUCAAAUGUAAAUUAGAGAAAGAUUAUUUUCAGUAUUUUUGACAUUCUCCUGUCCCUGACUUCUACAAAGGAUCUAUUUAAUGCAGGUGAUGGUGUUUGAUCGUCCAACACUUAAACGUUAUGCUCAAUAGACAGCAUUGUUUAAUUUGUGUUAAAUUCAUUAUACUAGAAAUCAGAUUUGACUUAAAUUUGAGUCCAGGCCCCUCUGUUUACAAACCCACCAACCCCAUCCGCUCACUUUCUUUGGCUUUGCCUGACAAUUGUAUUUCUCAAAACUCCAUUUCUAUGCUACAUUGAUAGCACUACAGAUUUUUUUAACAGUGUACAUGUGUAUGUACAUAAUGCAAAAAUAUAAUGAAUGAAGUUGGCAACAGGACAACAGGAGGAGGCAGAGGAAUUUGAUGUGUGCUUUGUCAGAUGACCCAGACAGAGGGGGGAAAACUGGCUAUAAAUAGUCAUCUGAAACGCUACUGAAAAAUUGAGGUAGACUCACUGGCCUGCCUCCUGAGUCGUCAUGACAACAUCGACAUGAAUGACAAUACCGAGGGGAUGCAUUUAAAAUAGGAAGCUGCUUCUCCACAAACAGAUGCAUACAAAACAGACAAACAAGCACCGUCGGAGAUGCAGCUCAUUUAAUCUUAGAAUUUUUGUUGUUUAAAAAAAUGUUUUGGUGCUGCCGCGAGUAGAGCAUCCAUUUAAAUAAGCAGUCUACCACUGCAUACAUUGAAUAUACAAGAAAAUACACAGAUACAGCGAGUGGCGCAGUCUGCUGGCACUUCAAGACAGAUGUGUGGAUGGACUGAUGAGAGAGUAAUGGUUUUCUGAGGGAGGGGGAUUGAGUUUAUGUCACUGACAGGCCAAGGAAUUGCUGCAUGACACACGAAUGGGCCAGAUGUGCACUGUAGGCACAAAUCCCUAAAUUACUGUGUUCAGAUUUAAUGGACGCGUAUCAUUUAUUUUGCACUAAAUAAAUAAAUGGUAACACCUUAAGUCCAUUUAUUUUAUAUAAAAUAUGUCAUGACAAAUGAUAUGUUACUAUUUUUGAAAAAUAUUGCACAUCAAUACUAAAUGUCUUUAUAGCAGCUCCAAGUUCAUUUGCUUGUACUUGAUAUUACUUAUUUGAUACUUUCAAGUUUAUUUUGUUGAUUAUACUUCUGUAUUUUUACUUACACUGAUUAUAGUUUCAAACGUGUCGUUAAAUGUUAAUAUGGUGCUUAUAAAUGAUAAAAGGUUGAUUUCA